AGGAUCUUCUCCUGAAUGUUCUCCUGGAUGUUCUCCUGGAUGUUUUCCUGGAUGUUCUCCAGGAUGUUCUCCCAGAUGUUCUCCUAUUCUCCAGGAUGUUCUCCCGGAUGUUCUCCAGGAUGUUUAACAGUUUUUUUACGGUGUAGAUCAGCUGACAGUAAACUUCUGGCCUACAGAGCAGAACAAAGCCCAGUUUUAGCUGCAGGACUACUGGAGAACUGCGCUGCUGCUAGAACGGGAGGACGUGUUUAAAUAUGACAUCAUACAGUCUCUGUGCUCCUAUUGGUUAGUGAAGCUCAGGUGUGAGGAAAUGAGAAUGUAAAAAUAACAGUUUGUUUACAGGAAGUGAAUGACAGAGCAGAAGUGACCUAAAUAAAAAGUAAAAGUAAAAAAAUAAGAAAACAAUAAUAAUAAUAAAUAACAGUCAGACUACUGAAGGACACUGAGGCCCACUAGUGGAGAAUUACACAGCAGCAGAAAACACAGAAGCAACCAACAGAAGGUCCGACCAGGCAGCAGAGAAUAACACGUCAAUAGAGAACAUGAUCUACAGAGCUAGGAUCCACUGGUGAGAGGAACCAGGAACUACCAGAACGGUUCUAUCAGAAUAAACUCACGAAAUAAGUUAGGAAGUAUCAGGAACUGCUCUACCUGAAAAUCAGCUGGCAUUAAACCAGGAAAAGCACAAACUAAACCAACCAAUCAGACGACUGAGACAGCUGCAAUAACCAGAGCUGCAGUCCGGCUCUGGAGGAACGUCGCUGACAGGAAGAGAGAACUGGAGGUCCAGGGAGAGGCAGGAGCAGGUGGAGACCAGACUGGAAAGACCAGAACGAGAACUAUCCAGGAACUACAAGAACCAGGAGAGCUGGACAGAACAGAGACUAACUGGUGGUUGUGGACGGUCCGGGUAGAAACUGCAGCCGGCAUUUACGGUUGGAGAACGGUGAUUGUUCAACAGAAGGACCCUCAGUGUCUCCAUCAGGUUCCACACAUGAACGGGUGAGAUCUGUCAGAACUGAACCUACAGUGAACCAGAGAGGAGGUCUGAUCUGCAGCUGUGAAAGCAGCAGACACGUUACUGAACCUGGAAGAACCUGGAAGAACCUCCACCUGUAGAACGUCUCACAUUCCACAUGCAGGGAACCCAGGAGGUUCUGUUAGAUCUCUGAUGCGUUACCAGAUUAGAAUGUGCCCAGACUUUAGGGAUGUUCUCCACAGAAACCAUCUACUGGGUCCAUCAGGAAUCAUGGAACCGUUCUGAAGAACUUUGACUCGUUUUUAACGAGAAGCAAACGGCUGGUUCUAGAUUUCAUAUGAACUGAGUUUGGAAGCUGCAGAUCCAUGUCUGACCUUCUGUGUUUGGUUCUCCAGGUUCUGCUGCCUGAACUCCUGCUGAACAUCAGACCUCAUGAGCCUCCACCAGAACUCGGCUCCUUGCUGCCUCAGUGAUGAAGAAGACGAAGAUCUCAACAAAGCGUUUGAUGUUCCAGGUUUCCAGCAGAUCCUUCAUCCUGCAGCUCGCAGCCCUCCGGAGAAACAUCGGGUUCUGGAUGAGCAGGACAUCGAAGAGCACCGUCACUCCUCCCUCCACGUCCAUCAUCCUCUUUCCAAGCCGCUUGCCGACAGCAGGAGGAAAAGAACCAAUGAGGGGAGGAGGGAGGACAGGGGAGGCUCCGCCCCCAACGCCACAGCCACCAUAGAAGAAGACGAGGAGGAGGCGUUCGCUGACGGAGAGGAGGGCUGGACCUCCAGUGACACGCCCACCUUCUCAUCCAGUCACGUCGGCCUCUCACCUGGUCACACCGUGACGACAACCGUUCCCCCUGACGAUGCCGACGAGGAUGAGACUCUGGCGUCAGUCGACCUGGAUGGCAUCAAGAGUCACAGAUUGGAUGAUGUUCCUGCGGUUCGACGUCACCUGGUGAGGCGGAGCUCCAGAGGCCCGACUGUUCACGUCAGCAAAGAUCAGCUGAGCAGUUGGACGAACCAACACCUGCAGCCGGACCGAACACCUCACGAGGUGUUCGUGGAGCUGAACGAGCUGGUGAUCGACCGGAACCAGGAGCUGCAGUGGAGGGAGACGGCCCGCUGGAUCAAAUUUGAGGAGGAGGUGGACGAGGAGACGGAGCGCUGGGGACGGCCUCACAUCGCAUCGCUGUCCUUCCGCUCACUGCUGGAGCUCCGCAAAACCAUCUCCCACGGUGCCGUGCUGCUGGACCUGAAGCAGACGACUCUGCCGGGCAUCGCUCAGCAGGUGGUGGAGCAGAUGGUGAUCUCCGACCAGAUCAGAGCUGCAGACCGAGCCAACGUGCUGAGAGCGCUGCUGCUGCGACACAGCCACCCCAGCGAUGAGAAGGACCACAGUUCCUUCAGCAGGAACAUCUCUGCUGCCAACAUGGCUGCCCUGAUGGACAGACACAACGGCCAAUCAGAGCCCUGCAGCUACUCAGCCAAUGACAGAGAGGCUGACGGAGACAGCGGCAAGAAAGAUCCUCCACCAUUCUGCCACUCCAGAUCCAAACAUGAAGUGAAGCUGAUGGAGAAGAUUCCAGAGAGAGCCGAGGCCACCGUUGUUCUCGUAGGCAGCGUGGACUUCCUGGACCAGCCCUCCAUGGCGUUCGUUCGGCUGCAGGAGGCGGUUCUGCUGGAGUCCGUGUUGGAGGUUCCCAUCCCUGUGAGGUUCCUGUUCCUCCUGUUGGGUCCGCCCACCGCCAACAUGGACUACCACCAGAUCGGACGCUCCAUCUCCACGCUCAUGUCAGACAAGCUCUUCCAUGAGGCGGCCUACGAAGCCGACGGCCGCCACGACCUGCUCACUGCCAUCAACCGCUUCCUGGACUGCAGCGUGGUGCUGCCGCCGUCAGAGGUGGGCGGAGACCAGCUACUGCACUCGGUGGCUCAGUUCCAGAGAGAAAUCCUGAGGAAGAGGGAGGAGGAGCAGAGCGGCAAGCUGCAGGAGAAGAAGAGCAGCACUCAGCAGGAUCCAGAUCCUCUCGUUCCUUCCAAAUCGGCUGACGAGCCUCUGAGGCGUUCAGGUCGUCUGUUCGGAGGUCUGAUCAGGGACGUGAUGCGGCGCUACCCUCAGUACCUCAGCGACAUCCGGGACGCCCUCAACCCUCAGUGCAUGGCCGCCAUCAUCUUCAUCUACUUCGCUGCGCUGUCGCCUGCCAUCACCUUCGGAGGACUGCUGGGUGAGAAGACGGAGGGUCUGAUUGGUGUGUCGGAGCUGAUUGUUGCCACGGCGAUGCAGGGCAUCGUGUUCAGUGUGUUGGGAGCUCAGCCUCUGCUGGUGAUCGGCUUCUCAGGACCACUGCUGGUGUUUGAAGAGGCCUUCUACACCUUCUGUAAAGACAAUGGCAUCGAGUAUCUGACGGGUCGGGUUUGGAUCGGCUUCUGGCUGCUGCUCAUCGUUGUCCUGACCGUCGCCUUUGAGGGAAGCAUCCUGGUUCGCUUUGUUUCCCGCUUCACCCAGGAGAUCUUCUCCUUCCUCAUCUCCCUCAUCUUCAUAUAUGAGACCUUUGCCAAGCUGGUCAAGAUCUUUCAGGAGCAUCCUCUCCAAAACUGCUACCAUGGAAACAACAUCACAUCUCCGUCUCUGUGCAACUUCACCUCUAUGGCCGCCGGGAAUCCUGGGAAGGUGGUUGGAGAGCCGAACACGGCGCUGCUGUCGCUAGUCCUCAUGGCGGGAACAUAUUUCAUCGCUUUCUACCUGCGCAAGUUCAAGAACAGCUCCUUCUUCCCUGGAAAGCUCCGGAGGAUCAUUGGAGACUUCGGCGUCCCCAUUGCGAUCCUCAUCAUGGUGCUGGUGGACUACAGUGUGGAGGACACCUACACUCAGAAACUGAGCGUGCCCAGUGGAUUCUCUGUGUCCAGUCCGGAGAAGCGUGGUUGGCUGAUCUCUCCUCUGGGCUCAGACGGCCAGUUUCCAGUUUGGAUGAUGGGCGCCAGCAUCCUGCCGGCCAUCCUGGUCUUCAUCCUGAUCUUCAUGGAGUCCCAGAUCACAGCGCUGAUCGUCAGUAAGAAGGAGAGGAUGCUGGUGAAGGGAACUGGUUUCCACGUGGACCUGUUAAUCAUCGUGGUGGUGGGCGGAGUCUCGGCGCUGUUCGGGUUGCCAUGGUUAUCAGCCGCCACGGUUCGGUCGGUCACCCACACCAAUGCCCUGACCGUCAUGAGCAAAGCUGUCGCCCCUGGAGACAAACCUCGCAUCCAGGAAGUCAAGGAGCAGCGGGUGACAGGUUUCCUGGUGGCAGUUCUAGUGGGUCUGUCCAUCGUGAUUGGGGACGUCCUGCGUCAGAUCCCCCUGGCGGUGCUGUUUGGGAUCUUCCUCUACAUGGGGGUCAUGUCCCUGAACGGGAUCCAGCUCACCGAACGCCUCAUCCUGCUGCUGAUGCCCCCGAAGUACCACCCCGACCACAGCUACGUCCGCAAGGUGCGAACGCUGAGGAUGCACCUCUUCACUGUUGUCCAGCUCACCUGUCUGUCUCUGCUGUGGGUUGUCAUGGCGACAGCGGCAGCACUAGCGUUCCCCUUCAUGCUGCUGCUGACCAUUCCGGUGAGGAUGCUGCUGCUGCCCCGCCUCUUCAGCGACCGCGAGCUGCAGAGCCUGGACGCUGAUGAUGCGGAGCCUCACCUGGAGGAGAGGGAGGGGCAGGACGAGUACUCUCAGCUGCAGAUGCCCGUGUGACCCAGCAGCUGCCAGCUGAUUGGUGGAGCUCGUUUUCAAACUGUUCCACUCGCUGAAAACGUUCUAUCAGUAAAAGCAGCUCUUAUCCUGAAA